AGGAGGGGGCCGCGGGUCCCCGGCAGGGGCUUGGCGCGGGCCCGCGAGAUGCCGGUGUCCGUGGCCCGAGCGGCUGCAGCUGCAGCUGCAGCGGCGGGGGUGGCGGCAGCGGGGCCCCAGAGGGGGGCUGCGCAGGGGGCCGGCGCGUAGCCGGGACUAUGGAGGGGCAGAGCGGCCGCUGUAAGAUCGUGGUGGUGGGGGACGCGGAGUGCGGCAAGACGGCGCUGCUGCAGGUGUUCGCCAAGGACGCCUACCCCGGGAGUUAUGUCCCCACCGUGUUUGAGAACUACACCGCGAGCUUUGAGAUCGACAAGCGCCGCAUUGAGCUCAACAUGUGGGACACUUCAGGUUCCUCUUACUAUGAUAACGUCCGGCCUCUGGCCUAUCCUGAUUCAGAUGCUGUGCUCAUCUGCUUCGACAUUAGCCGACCCGAAACGCUGGACAGUGUCCUCAAGAAGUGGCAAGGGGAGACUCAGGAGUUUUGCCCCAAUGCCAAGGUUGUGCUGGUUGGCUGUAAACUGGACAUGCGGACUGACCUGGCCACACUGAGGGAGCUGUCCAAGCAGAGACUUAUCCCUGUUACACAUGAGCAGGGCACUGUGCUGGCCAAGCAGGUGGGGGCUGUGUCCUACGUGGAGUGCUCCUCCCGGUCCUCUGAGCGCAGCGUCAGGGAUGUCUUCCAUGUGGCCACAGUGGCCUCCCUUGGCCGUGGCCAUAGGCAGCUGCGCCGUACUGACUCACGCCGGGGACUGCAGCGAUCCACGCAGCUGGCGGGACGGCCGGACCAGGGGAACGGGAAUGGGACCGGGACCGAGGGCGAGAUACACAAGGAUCGAGCCAAGAGCUGCAACCUCAUGUGAGGGGCCGGGAUGGGGCAGAAUGUGAGUGAGGAGGGGUGGUGAAGGGCACAACUGUCCCCUGCCUGCGCCCGGGCUUCCUGACCUCCUGACUCUGGCUGGGACUUCAGGGCACGCCGAGUGAGCAAUUCUUUUGGGCAGGGGAGCUGGAGGCAGAAGGGUGCCACCAUUCCUCACAUCCUUGUCACCCUCCCCUCCACAGGAAGUUGAGGGAGCUAGCACGGCAGGCAUGGCAGGCAUGUGGGCAGGCAUGGCAGGCAUGUGGGUGUCUGGAGCUGGGAUGGGGCAGGAGGGUUGGGGAAGCUGGCAUCAAGCAGUGACCUUGGUUCGGUAUAUGAAUGGUGCCUUCCCUCCCCACCCCCAGUCCCCAUAUCCUGCUCCUGGCUUCCUUCCCUAAGGAAAGUAUCCAUUCUAUGACCUUCCCUUUUCCUCUCCUUUCACUUCUACAGCUGUUCUCACUCAUUCUAACCUCCAGGCAACAUGCACUAAAUUAAAAAGCAACUUCAGAAGCCCCUGCCCCCAUCUACCCACCGGUCCUAGCUCCCUCCCUCCCGUCCCCCAACAGUCCCCAAAUAAAGCCCGUGUCCAUGGAAAA